UUCUCCGCCCCCGCGGCCGGCGCCUGCUGUGUGGCGGCUGAGCCGGUGCCGGAGAGCCGGCCUGAGGGUGCCCUAGGGUCGCGGCGUUUCCGUCCAAGGACUUACAGGCGGCUCGCGUGUGGACAACCCGCAGGUUUCCCCCAUUCGCUCCGGCCUUUGCAGCUCGCGCGGCCCGUCCUCAGCGCGCCCAGUCAGCCCCGCCGGGGUCCGCGUCCUGUUCUUCAGCGGCCGGACCCGGGCCUGAGCCCGAGUAAAUACCCGGCGCCAUGUCGGUGGUGGGCAUAGACCUGGGUUUCCAGAGUUGCUACGUGGCCGUGGCCCGUGCCGGGGGCAUCGAGACGAUUGCUAAUGAAUAUAGCGACCGCUGCACGCCGGCUUGCAUUUCUUUUGGUCCUAAGAAUCGGUCUAUUGGAGCAGCAGCUAAGAGCCAGGUAAUUUCCAAUGCAAAGAACACAGUCCAAGGAUUUAAAAGAUUCCAUGGGCGAGCAUUCUCUGAUCCUUUUGUGGAAGCAGAAAAAUCAAACCUUGCAUAUGAUAUUGUGCAAUUGUCCACUGGAUUAACGGGUAUAAAGGUUACUUAUAUGGAAGAGGAGCGAAGUUUUACCACUGAGCAAGUGACGGCCAUGCUUUUGUCCAAACUGAAGGAGACAGCAGAAAGUGUUCUUAAGAAGCCUGUUGUGGAUUGUGUUGUUUCGGUUCCUUGUUUCUAUACUGAUGCAGAAAGACGAUCAGUGAUGGAUGCAACACAGAUUGCUGGUCUCAAUUGUCUGCGAUUAAUGAAUGAAACUACUGCAGGAUAUUCACAGAGCUGUGCAGCCAUCAUACAGCUCAAUUUUAGAGCAUUAUCCUGCUUCACAAAGAAGUCCUAA